AUGUCUUGCUACGACCUGUGCUCCACCUCUGCCUGCGGCGUCUACCGCCCCCAGCCCCUCGCUGACAGCUGCAACGAGCCCUGCGUCCGCCAGUGCCCCGACUCCACGACUGUGAUCCAGCCGCCCCCCGUCGUCGUCACCUUCCCUGGCCCCAUCCUCAGCUCCUUCCCCCAGGAUUCG